AUGACAGAAAAUAGCCCUAUGCAAUCAGAAAUUGAGGCAAAAUUGUGGGAAAUGACGGAAACGAACGAGGAAUAUGCAUAUUUAAACCGAGGUGGCUUUUCAUCUGAAAUGUUUAAAAUUGAACUUCGAGGACUUCCGAAAUUUUAUGGAAUAGCAGAAUUAAAGAAAUUAAUGAAUCAAAAGUUAGGUCUGAAUACAAGCAAGAUCAAGCGUCCAAAAAAUGGAAGUCGUUGGCUCUAUGCUUGCUUUCAAAAUGAUGAAGAAAGGGGAAAAGCAAUUGCAGCCCUUAAUGGAUAUUCUUGGAAAGGUAAAACUCUUAUAGCUGAAGCUGCAAAACCAGCUCCUGAUCCACUAGUUAGAAAAAGAAAGCAAGGAGAAGAUGAGGCCAUUCAAGAUAAGAAAAUGAAAGAGGUGGAUAAUAAGAGUCAGGAAGAGAGACUGAAGGAUGCAACAACACCAUAUUGGAAUAUACCUUAUGAUGAACAGUUAAAAAUCAAAGAGAAAGAAGUCAGACAAAUACUCAUGAAAUAUGACAAUGAAGUGUGGAAGAUAAACAAGGAAAGAAGAGAUUUAAUAGAAGCAAAACGAAAAUUGCACAAUGGACUCAGCUUUGAUCUUAAACCUAUCGAGCCAUCACCAGUAACCGAGGGAUAUAGGAAUAAAUGUGAAUUCACAGUUGGUAUUGACGAGCAAAGCAAAAAGCCUACAGUUGGAUUUAGGCUUGGUAGUUAUGUGACUGGUACAGUGGGUGUUGCCCCGAUACAGUCAUUAAAUCACAUAUCUGAGCAAACGAAAAGGGUUGUUUUGCUAUUUCAAGAGUUUGUUAGAAAGUCUGAUUUGCCGCCAUUUUCGCCAGCCGAUUACUCUGGUUACUGGAGAUAUCUUACAGUAAGGCAUUCUAAGUACAAUGGGGACAUAAUGUUGAUCAUUGCGUUGCAUCCACAGGCAUUGACCGUUGAGGAAUUGGAGAAACUGAAGGCCGAUUUAAGAGAACACUUCAGUUCCGAAGAAUCAACUGCAUGUGGUAUUAAAUCUAUAUACUAUGAAUUAAUAACGAAGAGGAGAAUAGGUGAGGAUUGUUCUAAGCCCAUUCAUUUAAUGGGUUCGACUCAUAUUACAGAUGUCAUCCUCGGGAGGCAAUUUAGAAUCUCCCCAGAAGCAUUCUUUCAGAUUAAUACAGCUGGUGCUGAAAUUCUAUAUCAGAAUGCGAUUGAUUUGAGUCAAGUGACUUAUGACUCUACAGUGAUUGACAUAUGCUGUGGGACGGGAACUAUUGGCUUGUGCUUUGCAAAGCAUUGCGGAAGAGUUUUGGGACUAGAAUUGGUAGCGGAAGCGGUGAAAGACGCUAAAGCGAACGCGGAGUUGAACGGCAUUGAAAACUGCGAGUUCUACACGGGCAAAGCGGAGGAAAUCUUACCAUCGGUACUGGCCAGGGCGGGCGGUGACCAUCUGGUCGCCGUCGUCGACCCGCCGCGAGCUGGACUGCACAUGAAGGCCAUAACUCAACUGCGCAACACGAAAAGGGUGAAACGGCUGAUAUACAUAUCAUGUAGCCCGGCAUCAGCUGUGAAGAACUUCGUGGACCUGUCUCGGGCUUCGUCCAAAAUGCUUCGCGGUGCGCCGUUUAUACCUGUGCGAGCCGUGUCCGUCGAUAUGUUCCCGCAUACUAAACACGUCGAACUGGCAAUUCUGUUCGAAAGGGAAAAUGAGAAUCCGUCCAGCCAAGAAGAAAAUGUAAAUACAAACACAGAAGAUAAUGUUAAAGAAGAGGCUAUGAAUGAAACAAAUGAACAGAAACUUCAGGCCGACGCUGAUGUAAAUAUGGAUAAUGUUGAUCCAUAA